AUGAUUCCUGGCUCAGUCCCAAAUCACACGUUCUCUAUCAAUGCUGGCUCACUCCUGAAUCACAUGGUUUCCCUCCCGAUGAGAUUUUCGCUCUCGUCCCAUGUGCGUGCCUUCCGCCAUUUCGAGCGUCGACUUCGUUCUUGCCUCUUUUUUCAUGUGUGUGUCUUCCUCUUUCAUGUGCGUGCCUUCCACUUCCAGUGUCCACGACGCUCCUGCCUCUUUCCAUGUGCGUGCCUUCUGCCACUCUCAGUGUCCACGUCGUUCCUGCCUCUUUCCACCUCGACGGCCGUUUACACACUCGUUGCCCGGGAAGCUGCCUCCCAUCGCGGCUGCCCAGCGCAAUACAAAACCCCGUCUACGCCCACCACAUCUCUUGCUCCUCACUUUUGGCCUACACACACUUUUGCACUCUCACACUGCAAUCACACUUUGUAUACCCAAAUAUCACCUGCUCCAUCUCGCUUCAUAUCAAUGGCUCGACUUGCAGCACCCCCCACUUCCUCCUCUUCGUUGGCCCAUUGCUCGCCACUCAAGAUUCCAGCUAUCAUGCUGAUGCCGAUCAAGUCGGUUUCUUCAACUUCCACUCCGGUCUGCCGGAAGCUCUCAAUGCUUCCCAGACCUGUACUGCACCAGGCAGCGACCAAGUCCCAGAUUGUGCGCAAGCCGACUGGGCACCAGCUGGCUUCGCUGGCUUCCUCAUCUUCCAAGAUUCCGGUCUACUCGAAGCAGUCCAUGCUCCCGAGACCUGUACUGCACCAGGCAGCGAAAAAGACCCAGAUCGCGCGCAAGUCGACUGGGCACCAGUUGGCUUCGCCAGCUUCUUCCAUCUCCGCCGUCAUCCUCCCCUCUCCCCGUCCCGACCGCGGCCUUACCAGACUGCCCACUCUGGUCUGGCCUUUGACCAAGCCAAUCGAGGCUGCUCGUUCGCCCGUCGCUGCUCCAGUCAAGUCCUCAGCGUCGCGGAUCCCCAGGCGCCCCAUAGUCAAGAUUGCCCGCCGAAAAGUCGUUGCCCUCGUCAAACCUCCAACGACUUCGUAUCACAAGCGUGGCAGUAAGGUCUCCUGGAAGCCAAAGGCUCGAGUGACAGCCAAGAAAGGUCCCAAGGUGGUCGAGGCCCCUAGCAAGUCUAAGGCGGCCGCCUUCCUCAAGCGUGGCACAGGAGCUGCCAGGUAUGCCGCUGCCCCAGUCAAGCCUACAGCGGCACCCGUCCCCAAACGUGCGAGAGCUGCGCCCGUCAAUCCCACUGCAGCUGCUCCCUCCACGGCCCCCAUCGUCCCAUCAGUCUCUGGUCCCAAGUCCGCUAUGCGUCAGCGCGACACCGUCCGCCCCACCAAGACUGUACAGUUCAUGGAAGGUCCUUUCAACACCAGGGUCUACAGCAUGGAAGACUCUGUAGAGCAGCUUUGCGAAGUCUUCGACUCUCCAUAUGACCUUCCUGAAUGGUGGCCGCUCACGAACGCGAUAUUCAAGUGCCCCAUUACGCGCGGCCCCAAGGGUACGAAGGGGAUGUUCCAGCACACGGGGUACGGGCCCAUGACACUCCAGCCUCAUUUUCUUCAACGCUACGCUGCCGUCCAACGCGCUGAACAGCUACAAUCCCAGGCGGGUGAGCGCCUCGGCCAACUCGAAUAUGGCAACACCGACUUCAAGAUCGCUCUCCAGGCGAACGGUGUUAUCCAGUACGAGGACAUCGGCACCGUUAUGAAUGCCGUUGAUUUCAGCCCGAGCGCGCCCGCCAGUAUGGGGCGCAUUGUAGUCUUCGGCCGCUUCCCAGGAUCCUUUCAAGAUGUGGCCAUUCCUUCCGAGAUGGUUUUCACCGACAAUUCAAAAACAAAGCGAGGCGUCCUUGUCGACAGGGCGGGCAAACUGACUCGGAAGCAGGAAGGUUUCGGGAAGCCUCGUGCGGCAACGGCGGUGAUGGAUAUGGUGUGGCAGCGCGGUGGCGUCUCCAACUUCGCCAACCUUGUCAACACCCACCCGGAGUCCAUUGACACCAACCAUCCUUGUACUCUGGCCAUCCAUGCUUGCGGCGUGCACAUGUUCCAACCUCCACACACCAUUGUCUCUUACCGAACCGCGCUCGGUCGGCAAUCAAGCUCCAUUCGCACUCCAAGAUCCGUACCAAGCCCACGUGCCGACAGCAAUGACAAGCCCGGUAUCCAGUACGGCAGCGCGCCAGGGCAGAAGAGGCAUGUGCCAAGGUCCGUUGGUAGCUACCGGUACCGCGACCAGAGCCAAGACCGAAUUGGCUAA